AUGAGUCAAAAGGAAGGCUCCGGUGAAAUUCAAAUCUCUGCUUCCGGUGCUCGUCUUAUGAAGGUUAAACAAGAAGCCGGAGAGAAGAUGAAGAAGGAUGCCAAGAAGAAGAAGGCUAAAGACUCAAUUGGAGCGAGAGUCAAGAGGAUGAAGAAGAAAGAUGGCAAGAGCACCUCCUCUGGACCUCACUCUCCCUCGCUGUUGAAGAGUCAGGAUGUCGUUAAUCUCGUCGUCCAAGCUCACGGCAAGAGUAAUCUAGCCAGGGCUUGUACUGACGAUGAAACCCCUGAAACUGUCCCGGAGGGUUGGUUCUGUAUUCACGAGAAAUACAUCUCCAAGUGCCACCUUAGGUUCCCUCUCCCAACCCUCUUGCUAGAUCUCCUAGAUCACUAUCAACUGGCCCUUUCCCAACUUUGCCCCUCGGUUAUCCGAGUGGUGAACGGAUUCAUCACCAGGGCUAAGGAAGAAGGAGUUAUCAUAGGGUUGAGUGAGCUGAUGAGUCUGUUCCUGAUAAAGGAGAGCUCUUCCACGGAUGGCGGAAGCGGGACCUAUUACCUCCCCUGUCGUCCGGGGCUAGGCAUAUUUAAGUUUACGGCCAGUGAUGAUGACUGGCGAAAGAAGUAUUUCUAUGUCAAGAUCGACCCUUCUACGGUUCCUGUAGAGAUUGAGGACCCUGUUAAGUUAUCCGGUAAACUCACCAGAGCUCUCUAUAGGAAGCUGCAGCACAGCCCUAAUACUUGGGGAGCUUAUACUACUACGAGAGUUGGAUCAGCUAGGUUCCUGAACGAUACAAGGAUUUUUCCUUUUGAUUUAGUUUCCGAAGGUGGAUCGAUAUUUUCAGUUUCGUCAGGAGCCAGUACCUCAGAAAAGACUCAGUCACAUAAGAUGCCUAUCCAGCCCUCGUUCCGUUCCAGGGGUAGAUCAACCAAAGCUGCCAGCUCCUCUCGAGGAAGUGACAAGAAUCCAGGAGGAUCCUUCCUCAGCUCCGUGAAGGAAGUCCUUGACGAUGGAGGCUCUGCUCCUGCUAAAGAUGACGGUCGCUCCGAGCCCAAAGUUCAGGAAGUUGUCCCUCACUCCGAGGUCCCGGAGACGGAAGCUGAUCCUCAAAUGAUGAGGGAUACUCAUGAGUUUGAGCCUCCGAGGAGCAAGAGGGCUCAGUUCAAAUUUGAGGACACUGUGCACAAUGCCCCCAACACUGAAGAAUUAGCUCAGGUUACUGAGCUAGUGAAGGCUACCAAGACGGAGCUUGACCAGGUUCGGAUUCAGGUCUCUGAACUUCAAGCUGAGGUCAAGAGACUCGGCUCCAAGGCUGACGUUCAGCAAGGGACAAUCGAGAGUCAAGCGAUUGAUAUCCAAGUGAAGAAUAGGAAGAUCGGGGAGUUGGAUUCUGCUCGGAAGAUAGCCGAGUACCAGGUCAAAGAGCUGAUCGCUUCAUCCCAAGACAACCAGAAGAACAACGAAGCUGAGGUCAAGCUAGCCGUCCGGAGAGGAAAGAAGGAGGUAGCUGAUGCCUACAACAAGAUCUUGGUUUCUGUCAAGGAGAAGUUCUCCAAGAAGAAGGAUGAAGUCGAUCUUCUGGUUUACGCUCAAGAGCUUCAGGCUAAUACUGAGCUCCUGAAGGACAUGCUGGACAAUGAAAUCAAGAGUGCUGAAGAUGAGUACCAUUGCUUGGUGGCUAUUGUGAGGGAUUAA